AUGCAUGGAAGUAAAGGUAUUGGAUACAUUGCUGCCAGAGAAAUAGCUCGUAUGGGAGGUCAUGUUAUUAUUGCUUGUAGAAAUAUGGGUAAAGCCGAUGAAUUGAUUUUAGAGACGAUAAAUACAUGCAAGUCAAAAAUAGAAAAGUCAAAUACAUAUACUAUGCAGGGUGCAAUGAGGGAAAUUUUGCCAGGUUUUGCCAAAAAGGCUGUUGAUGGUGGUGCUACAACUAUAAAAGCUGCAGUAGACCCAAAUUUACAAAGUCAAUCAGCUAUUUAUCUUGAUGUAUGUAAAAUUAAAUCUCCAUCAAGUCUAUCCAGGGUACACACUACUAAAAAUAAAAUUUAA